GGGCACUGUUAAGCUGUGUGAGUGAAAGUAAAAUUGCUUUGCAGCAGAUCGCACAUUAUUGAAGUUUGUGUGUGUGUGUGUGUAUCCCCUAAGCUAAAUUCAGGUGUCAGCAGUUAAAAGCUUCUAGGUGUUUUUUGGUUGCAAAAUCAUGAAACUGAGCUACCAAAAUAGUGUCCGAGAGAGCUAGGCUGGAGCCACAAGACAACUUUUGGGAAUCACCCUAUCCAUGGAGAAACACUGGAGCCACACAGGAAAGCCUGCAGAUAAUUUUCCAGCAACCCUUCAGGGAGGUUGGUUAACACAGACACGGCUGUCAUGGUCCUGCCCAGCAGUAGACUGAUUGGAUGGGAGGUAUUUGUGUCAAUGUUUGCUCUGGUUAAUGAGCGGAAGGAAGGCUGAGGGAGUGUCCUCUUCCAGCUCGUAUAAAGCCCAACGCUACCGUGUGUUACAGAGCAUGCAGGCAGAGACGCGGUGCUGCACCGACACAAAGGAGUGAGAGAGAGGGAGGGUAGACUGGAAGUAUCCACAGAUUCUCAGAAAGUAAAACGCCUGUGUUGGAUAUCACACGUACUAAACAUACUCGCAAACUGUGUGCGCAUUAGCAUGAGUUUGGCACUUCUCCUGGAUUAACUGGACUUGCAGCCUGCUUGCAAAAAGCAAGUUCGCUCUGACUUUGUGGAGGACAAAUCGCGCACAGAAAACAACGAUGGAUAGGAGCAUCCCGGGAUGGUGCGUGCUGUUAACCCUGGUUCUGCACGGAACGCGCUGCUUGGCUGCCAAAGAGCUCCAGUGCCAGGAGAUCUCCGUACCUCUGUGCAAAGGCAUCGGCUACAACUACACCUACAUGCCCAACCAGUUCAAACACGACACGCAGGACGAAGCCGGCCUGGAAGUGCACCAGUUCUGGCCGCUGGUGGAAAUAAAGUGUUCCCCCGACUUGCGCUUCUUCCUCUGCAGUAUGUACACACCGAUCUGCCUUGAAGACUACAAGAAACCGCUGCCACCGUGCAGGAGUGUGUGUGAGCGGGCCAAAGCUGGAUGUGCGCCGCUCAUGAGACAGUACGGCUUCCCGUGGCCAGACCGGAUGAGAUGCGACCUGCUCCCCGAACAAGGCAACCAGGACACGCUGUGCAUGGACUACAACCGCAGCCAGACCACCACUGUCUCUCCUGUGGUGGCGAAGCCAACCAACCGGCCCUUAAAGCCGUACAACACCAAGAAGAAGAGCGGCUAUGGUCGUGGGAUCCCCGGUAAGCACAAACCAGCAGCGUCUACGUGUGAAACGGGAUGCUUCUGCCGUGCGCCCAUGGUGCCCGUUACCAGCGACAGCCACCCACUGCACAACCGCGUCAAAACUGGACAGAUCUUGAACUGUGCCAUUCCGUGCCACAACCCUUACUUUACACCAGAGGAGAGGACUUUUACUACCUUUUGGAUCGGCCUGUGGUCGGUUCUGUGUUUCAUCUCCACUUUUGCAACUGUGGCGACCUUUUUAAUUGAUAUGGAGAGGUUUAAGUACCCGGAGCGCCCCAUCAUAUUCCUCUCCGCCUGCUACAUGUUCGUGUCAGUUGGAUAUAUUGUCAGACUGAUCGCUGGACACGAAGAAGUGGCCUGCAAUAGAGAAAACGGCGGAGAAUACAUUCACUAUGAAACCACUGGUCCUGCUCUUUGUACCAUCGUUUUUCUGCUGAUCUACUUCUUUGGCAUGGCCAGCUCGAUCUGGUGGGUGAUUCUGUCCCUCACUUGGUUUCUCGCUGCAGGUAUGAAGUGGGGUAACGAGGCAAUAGCCAGUUACUCACAGUACUUUCAUUUAGCCGCCUGGCUCAUUCCCAGCAUGAAGUCCAUCGCGGUUCUGGCUCUGAGCUCAGUGGACGGGGACUCCGUAGCCGGGAUUUGCUAUGUAGGCAACCAGAAUUUGGACAACUUGCGGGGCUUUGUGUUGGCACCGCUGGUUAUCUACCUGUUCAUCGGUACCAUGUUUCUGCUGGCCGGCUUCGUCUCGCUGUUCAGGAUCAGGAGUGUUAUCAAACAAGGAGGCACAAAAACUGAUAAACUGGAGAGGCUGAUGAUCAGGAUAGGAGUUUUCACAGUUUUAUAUACAGUCCCGGCCACUGUCAUAGUGGCGUGUUACUUUUACGAGCAGCAUAACAGGCAGACGUGGGAAAUUACGCACAACUGUACGUGCAUGACGGACCCGAACAGGCAGAGGCCAGACUAUGCUGUGUUUAUGCUGAAAUACUUCAUGUGCCUCCUGGUGGGUAUCACGUCGGGAGCCUGGAUCUGGUCCGGAAAGACCUUGGACUCCUGGAGGACUUUUUGCACGCGGUGCUGCUGGGGGAGUAAAGCCUCAGCGGGCUCCAUGUACAGUGACGUGAGCACUGGACUGACCUGGAGGUCUGGGACGGCCAGUUCCGUCUCCUGCCCCAAACAGAUGCCACUUUCCCGGGUUUGAUCAGGUGGAUUGGACGCCCAGUUGCCCAAUCUCAUGUCAUUUGACACUAAAGACUUAAAACCAGCUUUCUGGGGACAAUGUGUCGUAGAGAAUGAUUUUUGUUUUGUUUUGUUUUUACUGGGUAAAUUAUUAAAUGUCAGUCCCCAAACUGCCAGUUAAAGUCAAACUUUGUUCCUGAGCACUCCCCUAAUGUGAAAGUUUGAUGGAUUUAUGCUCAGGUUUGCUUAUAAAACUUAGAAGAUCAGUUUGACUAAUGGAAAGUGCUCUUCCCUUGCCUUAUCCCAGUGACGUCCAGGGGUUUUGAAUAGAGGGUUUGAAAGGGGGAGGGGUGACUAAUUGUGUUGGGAUUGUCCAUCAGCGUGUUGUAAUUAGCACAUUAAUGAGCGCCUAAUGGCUUCUCUUUAAAUAAUGAGACUGUCAGCAGCAGAACAAUGUACCUGGCACGAAGAAUGCAGAGUCUUAUCUGGGCUUAAUUGAAUGCACACAGCUGACAAGAUCCCCCUUGUCGAUAGGUUAUAUGGUAUAUCUGAGUAUCUCCUUAUUCUCACUGCAAAGAACCGCUGUGUCUUAAACACAAUAUUCACAAUGAGACUGUUCUGCUAGAAAUGUGGCCAUUGCUGGGCUGUUUUGUCUACAAGAUGGAUUUGUGCGUACAUUAAUCAAUGCCUUAAUACUGCCUCGUACGGGUUGCAUUUGCGCAUCAAGUGUAUUUAUAUAAUUAUUGUUGUACAUACAUUGUACAUUUGUACAUUGAAUUUUACGAGACUGUAAAUAUAUAUAAUUUCCAUUUUGAUAGAAGAUUUUAUUUUGAGAAUAAAACAACUUUUAUUGAACGUUUA